AUGGCGUUAAAUGCAAGUGAAACGAUGUUCCUCUCGAUCACGGAAGUGGAUGAAAGGAGACAAAGGUACCAGGUAUGUCUUGAUGCUCCACCCCACAUUGUUUCAGAUGGGUUAUGGCGUAGCAGCCCACAAAAUACAAGAGCUCCGAUGAGAUCUUUUCUCCCCUUGUUUGAGUUGCAAGUCCUUCUAAUAUUUGCCAUCACCCAAAUCUGUCGGCUCAUCCUCAUGCCCUUCAAAGUUCCUCUCUUUAUUUCCCAGAUGAUGGCUGGGCUAAUUCUGCAAGCUCUUUUUGUGGGGGAACCAGUGGGGUCGUACAUGAGGGUGCUGUUUCCGUAUGGAACUCACGACACGAUCACGACAAUAACGUCAAUUGGUUUUGUGCUUUUCAUUUUCAUAAACGGUGUGCAGAUGGAUUUUAGCUUGAUAACAAGGAUGGGAAAGAAGGCAUGGACCAUUGCCAUCAUCGGAUUGGUAGUGCCCAUACUCACCGCAGUUGCAUUCUUGGCCGUACUAUCACAUCCACUGCUUGAAGUCAUCGAUCAUAACUACAACAGUUUCCUUGUUGCAUUGGUCUCCCACACUGUCAUUUCAUUUGCCGUCAUUGCUUCCCUUCUCAAUGAACUUCAAAUCCAAAACUCCGAACUUGGCAAAUUGGCAUUGUCUGCCGCAUUGGUGAGUGACGUACUGUGCACAUUCGCUACCACCAUCGGCACUGUUUUUAUGUUUAGUGAGGGUGAUGGUACCAAAGAGAUUGUUACAAACCUCUUGGGUUUGCUUGCAAUGGCUAUCUUUGUUCCAUUGGUGUGUCGCCCAGUAAUGUUUUGGAUCGUCAGAAGUACACCAGAAGGAAGGCCUGUCAAAGAUGGUUACCUCUACGUCAUCAUCGUACUGCUCUUUGUCUUAGGUUGGGUUUCGGUUAAAAUAAACCAAGAAUUCGUGCUCGGAGCUUUCAUUCUGGGAUUGGCCGUGCCGGAGGGACCUCCACUGGGAGCUGCAUUGGUCAAGAAGCUUAACUUCUUCGGUACCACCUUCCUUCUGCCAAUAUUCGUCACCAUCUGCAUGCUGAAAGCAGAUUUUUCCUCCACUUAUUCCUCCACAUCGGUUUUCGCUGUCUGUCUCGUCAUCAUCCUCACCCACUUGGUCAAAAUUUUAUCCUGCAUUCUACCCGCCCUCUACUGCCACAUGCCCUUCCGUGAUGCUCUCUCCCUCUCCCUCAUUUUAAACUCCAAAGGCGUUGUGGAAAUCGGUCUCUAUUGCUUCUUAUACGACUACAAGGUAAUCGAUGGGCUGACAUACGGAAUAAUGAUUCUGAGCAUAAUUGUGGUAGCAUGCAUAGUGCAAUGGUCCGUGAGGUUUUUGUACGACCCUUCAAGAAAAUACGCCGGGUACCAAAAAAGGAACAUCAUGAGCUUAAGAGCUUGGUCGGAGCUGAGGAUACUGGUGUGCAUUCAUAAGCCAAGCCACAUAUCGUCGAUGAUAGAUAUGAUUGACCUGUGUUGUCCAACGGCAGAAAGUCCGAUCAUAGUGGAUGCAUUGCAUCUGAUAGAGUUGGUGGGACGUGCCUUGCCAAUUUUCAUCCCGCAUCGCAUUCAAAGGCAAGAAUCAGGGCUUCAACACAGGUCAUACUCAGACGACGUAAUUCUUGCCUUCGACGUUUACGAGCACGAGAACCCUCAUGUGGUGACGGCGUACCCCUGCACCGCAGUGUCUCCACCGAGCCUGAUGUACGAAGACGUUUGCAACCUUGCCUUUGACAAGGUGGCGUCCAUCAUAAUUCUUCCGUUUCAUCUGAGAUGGUCGACGGACGGGGAAGUGGAAUCGGACGAGAAGAGCAUAAGGGCACUGAAUUGUAGGGUGCUAGAAAAAGCUCCAUGCUCGGUCGGAAUCCUGGUGUCCCGAGGUUCGCAGAGAAUGAGAGAGGAGUCUUCAAUUCGAGUGGGGUUGAUUUAUUUGGGGGGAGAGGACGACGAGGAGGCGCUGUGCAUAGCGAAGAGAGCUAUGAUGAAGACGGGGAUGAAGCUGGUGGUGUACCACCUGGUGCACGAGGCAGAGGAGGAGUGGGAUGAAGGGGAAGCCAUGGAAGAGAUGAAACACAACAUAAGAUACCAACAGAUAGUGGCAAGGGAAGGGUCUGAGACAGCAGCGUUCCUCGGUGAGGUGGCGAAAGAGCAUGAUUUCUUCAUUGUCGGAAGGAGGCAUGGGAUUGAGUCCCCUCAGACCCAGGGACUCACAAACUGGAGCGAAUUCCCAGAGUUAGGUGUCAUCGGCGACUUUCUGGCCUCGCCGGAUUUGGAGAGCCGCGCAUCAAUUUUGGUGGUGCAGCAACAAGUCGCACUCAAGCCUCGCAAAGGCUGGUUAUUUUAG